UCCUGCGUAUGCGCAGACGCAUGGAUCAAUGAUCUAUAGAUCGCUUUAUAGACCAAUCGUGUUAUGACAAUAGUUACAUUAUGGAAUGAUAAAGAUCCAUUGUGUAUGUGGUAUGUGAAGUGAUUAUUAGUUAUUGUGAGUGUGAUUAAAUAAUUUGUGAAUUUUCCAGCACAACAGUGAAGUUUUUUAGUGAAUAAAAUCUAAACGUUAUGCCAAGUGUUAUAGUGAAAUUAAUUUAACAGUGAAUUUUUCAAACUCGUAUAUCAGUUGAAACUAAAUGUUCAAAUACUGGAUUUCCAAAUUUAAUUAGCUGAAACCAUGCGUCGCAUGAAAAUGAAUAUAAACCCAGAUUUGGGGGAUCUUGAAGAGAUGCUAGCUCACGUACAAACUCAAAUUGAGCACGAAAUAGAUCUGGAGAUGGAAUCAAAAAUGCCUUCCCUAACCAGCGUCCAAGAAUCGCCCAAAAUGAAACGAUCCUCCUCGAUGAAAACGGACAGUUUUGAGUAUAGAAGACCUCCACCAAGACCAAAUUUAAGCAGAAUCCAAUGUGAUAAUGGUACAAAAAUUGAGGAUUUUAGAAAUGAGUAUGGACAAACUAAUUUAGUACUUAAUGGUUUGCGAGAUAGCCAAAAUAGUUUGAAGUCAAAUGAAGAAACUGCAUCGCAGAUAUCCUUUCAGUCGUUUCGGUCUGAACCAGUUAGGCAUUCAGUGAUGAGCCUGCCUGAUAAAAGGGACUGUAGCUCCCUCAAUGGGAGGUCCAAAACUGCGACCCUACCUAGAGGGUACGGUUCUACGAGGGAGAAGAAUUGGGAGGAGUACUGGCAACACGAGCAAUCGAUAAGCAGCGCCCGCGCUUCCGUCAUGGUCUACGACGACGCGAUGAAGAGGUGGAUUCCCUCCGGCUCCAGCUCUGGUCUGUCCAAGGUGCACAUCUACCACCACACGCAGCACAACACCUUCCGCGUGGUAGGAAGGAAGCUGAACGACCAUGAGGUGGUGAUAAAUUGCGGUAUCGUCCGAGGUCUGAAGUACAACCAAGCGACGGCCACCUUCCACCAAUGGCGGGACGCGCGGCACGUUUACGGUCUCAACUUCUCUUGCCGGGAAGACGCCGACAGCUUCGCUCGCGCGAUGAUGCACACACUUGAAAUCCUAGCGAACAAAGUGGUGAACAACACGGCACCCCCUCCCCCUCAAGCCCCCAACCCGCCGGUGCCCUACAAUGGACAUAACAACACGCAUUAUGACGAGGAUAUGGGAUACAGAACAAUGACCCGAGAAGACGCUGCAAUACUCCAACAGCCGCAAUACCACGCUCCUCUGCAUCAACAACACCAGCCGCCACACCAGCCACCACUUCAACAACACCAGCCACAGCUUCAGCAACACCAGCCGCAGCUCCAACAACACCAGCCGCAGCUGCAACAGGUCCAACCUCAACCGCAACACCACCCACCCAGCCAGUACCACGCGCCGCAUCAUCAUCACCCGGCCGCCCUUCCCGCCAGCGUAACACAAAACGCUCCCGCACCACCUCCCCACGGGGUUCACACACUGCCUCAUGCGCCCGCGCCGCCGGGACACGGACACCAUCGUACCAACAGUGCGCCGAUGCCGCCGAAUAUGUCUCUAUCGGCCGCCUCUACGAUCACCGCCCCUCCACCCGUACCACCGCAUCAGAACCUACCCGCGCCCGCUAACGGGCCGAUAGCACCCCCCACUCCUCCAGCCGCUCCACAGCCUCCACCUAUGCAACAAACCCCGCCUCCUCAGCCCGCAGCGCCGGCACCUCCCCCGCCGCCGCCCCCACCAGGCGCGGCGCCACCCCCCGCGGUCCCCACGCCCACCCCCGCGUGCCCCCCGCCGCCCCCGCCCCCGCCGCAGCCCCCCGCGACGGACAUCUCUGGGUUAGCGGCACAGCUACAGCAAGCCCGGCUCAAACGACAGGCCAAGCAACAACAGCAGCAGUCUUCAGGCAGUGCGACCCCCGGCAGUGAAGCCUCCCCCCCUGGGGGCGUGGGGGGUUCGGACCCCCCUGCCAACCCCCGCGGCAAUCUACACUGUAUGAUGCACGAAAUGCAACGGACUCUCGCGCGGCGCAGAGCGCAUCUCGCGCAUCUGGAUAAGAGCGAGCAGGAGUCGUCAACAGAGAGCUCAGCCAGUUCUACACCCAUGAAAUCAUGGGAAAGGUCCGCCACACUGCCACAUAGGAUGCCCGCAGCUUGCAAUGGCAACUCUUCGAACAAUGAUGGAAGUGCGCCGGCGCAGUCCCCCCGGGCGGCGAGGAAACGGUUCGGCUCCGCCAGCGAGGAAACUAUACUAAAGCAAGUGAAUGGCGGAAAUGAGAAUGGCUGCGUGUCCGCCGCCGAGUGGGACAGUUUCAAGCAAGACGUGCUCCGCGAGAUACGUACUCAAGUCAGCCAGAUGAAGCGGGAAAUACUUGAUGCCAUGAAGGCAGAGUUUGCCCGCAGGUAAGCUAGUCCGUCGCAGGCCGCACCGGUGGAACAGUUCUAAACAAACAUACCAUACACCCGCAUCUUAUGUACUGUAGAGAUCAUCUCUGUUAUAUGGACAGUUCUAAACAAAUAUCCCAUACACACGUCUUAUGUACCGUAGAGAUUAUCGCUAAGUUAUAUGGACAUUUCUAAACAAAUAUACCGUACAUACGUCUUAUGUACCGUAGAGAUUAUCGCUAAGUUAUAUGGACAUUUCUAAACAAAUAUACCGUACAUACGUC